UGGACCGCAUUUCCCAGAACUCUCCUUUGGCAGGGACCAGUGAAUAGCCUGCUGUUAUGGGGGUUGUAGUUCUGACUGAGAGCCUGCUUAGACAAUCCUGGCCUUGUUAUAUGGAUGUUACUGAUAGGAACCUGACAGAUAAUGGCAGUGCCCGUUCAGUCGGGGUGAUCUGGGCUCUCUGUGGAUAAUCUGCAUUGUGUGAUGCCUGCUGGGUGUUGUAGUAGGACUACAAGUCCCAGCAUUCUCAAGAUUUUCAGUGCCAGUGCAAAACAAGGGGAUCAGGACAGAAUUUAGCGGAAUCAUGCCUAGCUGUCUGGUGAACCAGUGCGUUAGCAAAACCGGAAGAAAAGGCCAGAGCGAGCAGAUCAUUUUGCACCCCUUUCCUAAGGACGUCUCAAGAGUAAUGGUAUGGCUGCAGCAGACCGGUCAGCUCUUCAAGGAUUUAAACGCUUUGGCCCAGAAGAUAUUGGAGGGGAACAAGCAGAACAAAUACCGCCUGUGCUCCUGCCACUUCACUCCGGAUUCCUACAUCAUUAACGUCAACCAUCACGGGAAAUCUUUGAGAGCUGACGCCGUGCCUUCCAUUUUUCCCAUUGUUAGAGACGGAGAAUGUAUUAUCGCAGAAAAUUUGAAGAAGAGCCGGUCCAGAAAAAGGAAGAGGCCUUUCGACACUUGCACCGACAUCCUCCAACAACCUCUGAUACAACUUCCAUCCAACUUCAUUAAUGAGACCAUGACAUUUGAAGAAGAAUUGCUUCAGGAUAUAGAAAUAACAAAAAUUGGAUUCUGCAGCAUCGGGACGCAAACAGAUUACGCGCUGUCCAAUUCCGUCCUUGUUUUCAACGGGAACCAAGCCAUGGGAUCUGAUGGUCAGGACCGAUCGUUCACACCCGAUUCCGCAGUUGCUUCGUCUUUGGAUCUGAUGUCUCAGCUGAAGCUACAUAUGGAUUCUUUAUUACAGGAGGUUCCUAUCAGAUUUGAUGAUGUGGCGGUGUACUUCUCGGCCGAGGAGUGGGAGAGUUUGGAAAUGGCGGAGAGGCUGCUGUACAUGGAUGUCAUGCUGGACAAUUACUACACUCUUUUCUCUCUGGGUUUUGUCUAUGAAAAACCUAAAAUCAUCUCCAUAAUUGAAAAAUGCCGAGAGCUUUGCAAAAUAGCAGAUAUGCCACCCAUCAAGGUGAAAGAGGAACCUGAGUAUUAUUCUGAUACUGACAUGUCCACCGGGUAUUGGAAAGUGGAAAGUUCUGUGAGCGGCAAGCAGGAACUUCUGUUCCAAACCCAGAUGUGCAAUGGUGUUGAGCAGCCGCUCUAUCAUAGAGAAGACUCUACUAGACCAGACCUGGUAGACCCAGGUUUCUAUAAUGAUGUGAAACGCAUGAAAGUGAAAGAAGAGCCUAUUGAUUAUUCGGAGACUGAUAUGUGCACUAGAGACUGGAGAACGGACCGUUCUGUAGGCAUCAAACAGGAACAUCCCUCACAAGCGCAAAUGUGCAAUGGAUUUGAGCGUCCGGUCUUUCAUUCAGAAGACUCGACUAGACUAGAUCGGGUCGACCAACGUUUCUAUAGUGACCUGAAAUUUAUCAAAGUGAAAGAAGAACCCUUUGAUUCUUCAGAGUCUAAUGUGUCCACUAGAGAUUGGACGGCGCCAAACAGAAAAAACAAACGGGAACUUCUGCUACAUGCACAGACGUGCAGUGAAGUUUUGCGGCCGGUCUUUCGUUCAGAAGACUCGACAAGACGAAACUUGCCAAACCAAAGUUUCUAUAAUGAUGUGAAACUCAUCAAAGUGAAAGAAGAACCUUUUGAUUAUUCAGAGACUGAUGAGUCCACUAGAAAUUGGAGAGCGGAAAGCUCUGUCUGCAUCAAACAGGAACAUCGUCUACAAGAACCAUCGUGCAAUGGAGUUGAGCAGCCACUCUAUCGUUCAAAAGACUCUACUAGACAAGACUUGGUAGACCAAAGUUUCUUUAAUGAUGUGCAACCCAACUCGGUGAAAGAGGAACAUGAGUAUUUUUCAGAGACUGAUGUGCCCCCUAGGAGAGAGGAAAGUUCUGUUUCCAUCAAGCAGGAACUUUUGCUAGAAGCGCAAAUGUGCAAAGGCGUUGAGCAGCCAGUCUGUCAUUCAGAAGAUCCUACUAAAGACUCUGUAGACCAACUGUUCUGUGAUGGCAGUAAGUCUCUAGUUGAGACAAACAGUGACCAGCCUCAAGGAAAGACGUGGACUGGGUUAGGGGGCACCAAGUCUGAACUGAUAGCGAAGUGUAAAUCUCACGUCACCGAGAAACAUUACACAUGUACAGACUGUGGAAAAUGCUUCAACCGGAGUUCCCAUCUAUUAAGACACAAGAGGAUCCAUGUAGGCGAGAGGCCAUAUUUUUGUGGUAAAUGUGGAAAAAGUUUCAUUGAUAGCUCCCAGCUCGUUAUACAUAGAAGAACCCACACCGGUGAGAAGCCAUACGCCUGUAGCGACUGUGACAUGAAGUUCAUAUGUAAGUUGCACCUUGUGAGGCACCAGCGAUCACACACUGGUGAACGUCCGUAUGUGUGCAGCAAAUGCGGCAAAGGGUUUGCUCAGAGCUCCAAUCUUCUCACUCACUUGAGGACCCACACUGGGGAGAAGCCAUAUUGUUGUUCUUCCUGUGAAAAGUGUUUUAUCCGGAGGUCCCACCUCGUGCGUCAUCAGCGGAUUCACACUGGACAGGGGCCCUAUGCAUGCAAUGAAUGCGACAAAAGUUUCACAGAAAGUUCUGGUCUGCUAAAACAUCUGAGAACACACUCGGGAGAAAAACCUUAUACCUGCAGCCAGUGUCCAAAAUCAUUUACCGACAAGUCCGCAUUGGCCAACCACCAAAGAACGCACACUGGGGAGCGGCCGUAUCCCUGUAGGGACUGCGGAAAGACGUUCUCUCACAGCUCCGCCCUGGUGAAGCAUAUCCGCAUUCAUACCGGUGAAAAGCCAUACGCAUGCAGAAAAUGCGGGAAAGGUUUUUCUCAGACCUCGGCCCUCGCGAAUCAUGAGAGAACUCACACUGGACAAAAGCCGUUUUCAUGUUCUGACUGUGGGAAGUGUUUUACACAAGCAUCAUCCCUUGUAAAACACCAGCGGACUCACACAGGAGUGAGGCCGUACACAUGCGGACAGUGUGGGAAAAGUUUCACCUACAGCUCCGUGCUAGUUAAACAUGAGAGGACACACAAAAAAACGAAAGUUGAUUUAAAUAUGUAAAGAAUAGGUGAUGUCUAUGACGGCUUCCGCUCACGCUUAUGGAGUCAGAUACCAUCAGUGACAGCCUGACUUCAUUCUCCUGGCUGCCAAACACAAGCAAGGUUACUAUAUGAAUUUAGUCGGCUGGGACCAUGGCAUCCAGGUUUUGUCCAGCACUGUAUAUACUGUAUAGUCUUUACUCUCCUCAAUCUCUGCUCUUUUACUUGACUGUCCAUAUGGUACCAUGGUCUGAAUAAACAUUGCAGUAAGUGGCUG